GCUGCUGUUUCGGUUUCAUUUUCAGGCAGAAGAUUAUUAAAAGUUUCAUUGUUAAAGUAAUAAUAGUUACUAUACUAUAAUUUAUUCCUACGUGUAAAACACAUUUACUUUUAUAACAUACACGGUAAUGAAAUGCCAAUGUUGACAAAGAUGUAAUUAAAACUAGAAAGAGUUAGUAAGUUAGUAGGGGAACAUUUUUAGAGUAGAGAUGGUUGGGGGGGGGAGUUAAAAUAUGAUUCUUUAAAAUAAGACUCAGGAGAUAGUGAUGUGUUUUUUGUGUGUUUUUUUUUCAAUUUCAAGCAGUGGUAUAAGUUGACAGUUANCCCCCCGCCCGCACUUUAACUAUGAAUAAAUUAUUUUCAUAAAUUAAAUAUUAUAAUCAAAGCUCAUUUUGGCCUCCUUACUAGUUUUGCGCCUGGUGACAUCUGCCCCCUUAGCAUAGCAUAGUGUCAUAGUAUAGCAUUUCAUUAGUCAUGGAAGUAGACUAAGUAGAAGCAUUAAAUAAAUAUAACCUUUGUUUAACGUCAAGGCCUAUUGCUAAGUUAAUAUACAUUAGCUUUUUAAACAAAAAUAUUUAAUCCGUCCGUCAUAAUGUGAAGAUGGUGUAGAUUUCGCAUGAGGAAUCAAAAGCCUGGCACGGGAUUUUUUUCUUCUCUAGUUUAGGACUUGGAGCUUUGGCAUAAGCUAAGCCGGGCUACGGCUAUGGCUAAGCAUCAGCUGGUUCCCUAGCUUAGUCAGCCCUGUCAGCAAAAAAACCCAAGGCCCAUGCCCAUAGGGAGCAUGAUUUGAUACUAUAUAUAUAUAUAUAUAUAUAUAUAUAUAUAUAUAUAUAUAUAUAUAUAUAUAUAUAUAUAUAUAUAUAUCGUGGAAAUUUUAUGGGCAUAACUGGGUAUUUAGAGUUUAGAAGGUGAUUAAUAGAUAUUUGAAAUAUAUUAUUUGUCUCCCUAUCUCGCUCGUCUCUUUUACAUGUUUCAAACAAAUUACAUUUUUUAAAAUGAAAGAGCUCCUGGCUCCUAGUAACAGACGCCUUAUUAGGUUGCGCAUGCGCGCAGCUACCGGAACCUCUAGAAUUCCAAAUAACAAGAGUAGGAAUUAACUACUAAAUGAUUUAUAAUUUUUUGUGUUUUGAGGAUAAUAAUACAUUUGUUUAAAAUUUCAUGCAAGAAUUUAUAUUGAACAAUUUCUUACAUACUUUUAGUUAGUAGUAACUUAGAGUAGUUUAAGUUGAUGUUAAGUUAAGCUUUAAGUUUUUAAGUUUAAAGUUCAUUUAGUUGGUAGUAGUCUUAGUAGUCUUGCCUUACCUAGUCUUAAUCUUGUCAUAAGACAAAGAAAGUGUAAUUUUUACAGUGUAACCACUGACUCAAUGACUCACUAUUGACACUGAGUUUGAGUACUAAGUAAGCUAACCAGUUAGUCUCUGCUCAGUCUCAGUAGUAGUUAGACACUUCGAUGAUCCGGGAAUUGCCAAAAACCGGGUAUCGUGAUUUUGUUAUCAAAUGGCGACCUCCACUUUUUAAUUUACUGAUAGCCUCGUUGAUUAUGAUUUUUUUUUUAAAUUAUAGCCCAGCAAGCACAUUCUAUUUCCGUUCACAACUAAUCGUGAUUAGACACUUUUGUUCUAAAAAAAUGCUUAUUUUAGUCAUUCAUAUUUUUUUGUGUGGAAAGGGUUUCUUUCUUUAAAAAAAAACAACACGGUAGAUAAUAGCAUAAAUUACAACUUAUAAAAAUUCAAGAGGUUAGGACUCAGGUCAAUGGUCAAAAAAUGACUACCAAAUUUUUGUCACAUGUGUCCCAAAAUGACCUAUUAAUCCAUAACGAUUUUUAACAAAAGUUAAUAACUUGAUCUACAAUGGAAAUCCAGCUUAUUACUCCAUAAUUAUUACUCCAUAAUUAUUCAUUCAAUAACAAAAACAAAUAAUUUAAUAACUCAGAUACCUAUUUUAGAUACUCUGCCGACGCAGCGGACACUCCUAGUAAAUUUGUAUCGGAAAUGGGCGUCGGCGCAAAAUAAUCCGAGUUUUUAAUUUUUUCAUGUGCAUGUAAUUUGAAUAAAUUAGGAGUCCUUUAGACCCAUAAUUAAGGUUUGACUCUGCCCAUUAACGUUAGGAGAAAUGUUGAACUACAUUCCCAUUGAGUUAAUUUGUUCUUUAUCUCAACUUUAAGUGAGGAAAAUCGUAUGUCAAUAUAAGGCAACUUCGCAUUUGUCUAAAUAUUCAAAGUAGGUCUUUCAUAUUAAAAGUAGGCCUGCAUAAUUUGUUUAAGUACACGUGUGCAAAAUUUCAUUGGGAUAGCUCAUGAAACAUUUUCACAAUUCUCCUCAACGUUGACCUCAUUAUGCAAAGGUCGCACAGGCCAUAUUGGAUGAGUUAAAUGGCGGAAAAUGCUGAUACUUAUCUUAGGAAUUAUUCAUUAUUACCUCUAUAUACAUCAAAAUAUUUGAUAACUUGUGUUUCGGAAUGCAUUUUGAAGACAUUUAAACUAGAAUGUUUAAAUUUGAGCUUUAAAAACCCGGUAGAGUCCAUAUUAUUAAAGAUCAGAAUUGACCAUGUGCAAAAAGUCAUGGGAAACCAUUCACAGCCAUUCGCAUAAAGCUAUGCCGUAGUACUACCGGUACCUCAAGUUUCAUUCAUAAGAGUCUGCCGUGUGUAAAAACUAUUAACACCAUUGGUCAAGGAAAGCUUUAGUUAAUUAGUCAUGUGCCAAACUUGAACGUUCAAAUAAGUAGAUCCCAAACAAUAUUUUAGGGGGUGCGUUGCCUUAUAUAAAUAGCAUAUAUCAGUAUAAUGGACGCUGUAGAUUUGGUAAACAGAAAAGCCAUAUAUUAUUUAAAUUUAUUGUUAUACAUAGUGCAUAGUUAGAUAAACUAUAAUUUAUAUAUAAUUGUAUAUUAUUAACAUUAUUUGUUAAUACAGCAUUAGUUCUGAAAAUAAAAGUCGCAUAAAAUUAUCAUUAAAUCUAGAGUUAUAUAGCUCGUGAUGCAAACAGCGGAAGUGGAUCACAGAAUGUGGAAAUGCAGUCCUUGUUAAAAAAUGACAAAACCAGUCAUUACUUUAAAAAUUCAUAACUUUUAAACUAAAACAGCUAAAAAUAUGAUUUUGGUGUUAUAAUUCUUUAAAAAAUUAGCUCUAUUCAACUAUGCCAUUGGUUUAUUUUUACAAAAAGUUUUAAUUUUCUUAUCAAAGUACCUACCUAUUUUAACAACAUAAAUAUAUAUUUUUAACUUGUUUUGAUGCUUUUAUUGAGGGGUAUUGACUUGGGUAGUGGGUUAAACUUAAUUUAUUAUUAGCCUUAUUAUAAUUAAUAUAUUAAAUAUAACAGUAUUUAAAUAUGUAUAUAUAUAUAUAUAUAGCCUAUAUGUCUACAGGCCUAGAAAAGAAUAGUAUUUUAAGUAUAGGCCUAGCCCCACCCCAUUUCAUUAUUUGUGGGACACAUUAUUUGUUAUUUGUAAUCAUAUUUUAAUGAAUAUUAUGAUUCUUAAUGCAUAGAUUAAGCAAAAAUGUUUUUUUUUAAAAUAGUCACUUACCUUUCAUAUUGAAAUAUCCUAUAUUUAAUCACAUAUCACAAUAUUUCACAAGAGAAUUAUUACAUAAUCCUUGGUAUUCUAAAAGAAAAAACACACUUUCUGCCACAAUAGUACAAGAAUUACUUAAGAUAUUAUUAAAGAACAAUCAUAAAAACUUAUACUUACCUCAAGCAAAUGACUAGAACUUAUUUUAGUUUGUAUAAACCACCAAAGUUGAUUCUAUCAAUGCAUUUGUGAAACAAGAUUACUAACUUGUACAAAAACAACAUACUAUUUUUUUGUCAUAUUUCAUAUUCAGACAUUGAUAUGAUAUGGGACUAAAAAACAUAUACCCCGUAAAGAAAAUUGUAAAAUAGAAAGUGUAAUCAUAAAUUUUAACUAAAUGAAACAAAUAAUCCCUUUAUUAUUAGUUUAUACUUAUAAAUGUUAAACAAUUCCACAGAAUAUUUGAAAUUUGUAUCUAAAGAAGGUUGAUCUUAGUGUUUUUGUCAUCUAUUCUCCAGGCUCUAUACAGCUGUAGUAUUUUUAUAUUUUUAAAAAUGUUUUGAAAUUUUCAUCAAAGGGCCUACUCAGUAGCCUACUCUCUGGUCUGUAACUGGGACUACUGAAAAUGAGUGUUGUGCUUUUUUAUGAUGGCAGAUUGUCAUGGCAACCAUGAUGGGGAUUGUGUAAAAAAAAUAUUUUUUUUUGCAAUCACAUGUCUGUAAAAUGGGGAGGGAAAAGAGAGAGAAUAUGCCAUUUGAACUAUUUACCAAGAGAAGUAAAAAUAGGAAUAAAAGAUAAAUUCAAAGAAAUAAUUUCAGGCAGUUGGCCUACAUGAAUUUCAUGGUGAACAUAGCAACUUUUAUAUAUCCCUAUAGAUAAGAUACGAUUUUUUUUUAUUGAUCCAAACAAAUGGAAAUUUUUUUUAAUUGCAUUGAACAUUUUCAGCACAUAAAUAAAACAAUUUGAACAAAAGACAUCUACAUUAAAUUAUUUCACUAGUGAAAAAAAACAGCCAUUCAGUGAAUUAUCUUAGCCAUAUCAGGGAAUUAAUAGUUAUCAUUAAGAUUUGUGACUUCAGGGGGAGCUCGCUGCUAAAUUCAUACAGAUUGAGGAACAAAAGAAUUUUUAUAUCUUUCAGUCCUCGACCUGUGGCAAGAAGUGUCAACAACCUGCAGUCGCUUCCUUCCCUCAACUAAAACACAUGCGCUGCAGUUAAACACUGUGCUAAGAAAUGUGUAAAAAUUUAAUAAAAACAUUACCGGUGCAAAAUAUUGUUUAAAUAAUGAAAAACUAACUGAGUGUUUCAUAGAAUACACUUUUACACACUUAAUUGCAGGUUCCACCAAAAUUAAAAUCCUAAAGUUCUCAGAAAAAUGAGAAAAAUCAAUAUAAUAUUUAUUUUUUAAAAAAACGGAAAAUUCAAAUAUUAUAACUAACCACCAAAUGAAAUAUUAAUUUACAACAUUCCCUCGGUGUAUUAAUAUUUAAAAAGAAGAAAAGUUAACUACUUAUAGUAACAGUCCAAGAAUGAACAAAAGGGAGAGAAUCUUACAAUGAAACUCAAAGUGGCACACCGAACCAACAUUAGACUUGAAUGACUUAUGACUUUCAAGUGUACUGUGCAGUCACUUACACCUACACUGUGUAGGUAAAGUGUUAAGAAAGACUAAGAGUAUAAUAGAAAGAAAGGGUCUUAGAGUACUAAGAGUGACUUUUUCAACGCAUGUAAUAUAUUAUGGUCUAAUCCAUAGUGUAGGUCUAUGUCUAAUUUGUAAUCAUACAACAAAGAUAAAUUUAAAAGAAAAUGGAAUGCAGACUGAAUGCAGAGGCGCACAUAAUGCCAAUGGCAGCUGUAUAGUUGAAGAGCACCCCCUAAUUAAUAGGGUACUAUGUAGAUUACUUUGGUAGAAAAGCAACAUACACAAGAAUUCAACCCAUGCAAUUUCCCUUGCAAAUUAUUCAUUCUUAAUUUUCCUAACUUGUAAAGGCAUAGUCAUACAAUGUAAUUUGCAUUAUAGUAAGAUAAUUUUUUUAUUAAAAUGAAUUUCAAAUGUUACAAUGGACCUUUUUUUUUUAGUCCUAACACAUGCUAGUGUUAAUACAUCAUGAUGAAGCGCAUGAAUGGAAUGGAAACUAACAACUUUGGUGGUGAAGAUGAUGAUGACUACUCAGGAUUCAAUGAUUACAAUGCCAUGCUGGAUACAGAGGUCUGUUUCUGUAACAGAUAUUUCAAAAAUAUUUGAAAAUUUAGAAAUUAAAAAGAAUUUGAACCUAAUUUUCAAAGCCCUUCAAUUUUUAAGUAGCAUAAUUAACAAUCUUAAGUUUUAACCCAAAAAUAGUUUUAUUAACUCUGCAUAGCUGUUGAAUAUCCUUAAAUGAUUAACAUUAUCCGUAUUUCAUUCAUCAUUUUGUUAAUGCAGGAUCUUGUGCAUGAUGAAACCUUUCAAAAAGCAGUUCUCAGAACAAGCCAUGGACGUCGUCCAGUGGUAAGCUGACAUCUUUAAUGUUUUAUAUGAGUUACUAGUGUUAGACCAUAAAAAAAUACAUGAUCAUUUUUAAUUAUUGUUAAAACCUUUUUAAGUAGUUCAUUCUUUUAAAAAAACAACAAUUAAAUGCAAAAUGAAUAGUCUUAAAUUUGUAUCACAUCUAAAAAUAAAAAAGUAUGUUUACAAGAUUCAAGUAAGUCUAUAAAUAUGAAUCAUAAUAGAUGCUGACUGUUUGAAUGUUUUUAAUAAUUAUCUGUAGACUCAGGCUAAAAUGGCUCUUGGAGGUGGGCCUGGUACACAAGGCCGUUUGACUACUGCUGCUAGGGGUCGCUUGGCCAUGCCCUCAUCUAUGGGACAUCCUGGUGGUCUUCAAGAUGGUCAGGCAAGACCCAUGACAGCAGUUCGAGCUGCUGGGUUCACAUCAGCAGGAAAUAGAAGUAAGAUAUAAACUUGGUUUUAAUGUCUUGUUUUUUGUAUCAUUAUUUAAUUUAUUAUUUUUAAUUUUCAUUAAGCAAAGAAGGUGGACAAUAACAGAGAACUUAUUGAAUUUAUUAAUUAUUUUGAAGUUUAGAGGAAAUUAUAUAUUAUUGCAAUCAAAUCCAUAUGAUGUACAUCUUCUAAUUAUUUCAUCAUGUAAUAUUACUUAUUUUAUAGUUGGAUCAGGUUUUGACCCAUUUAAUCAGGCUGGUAAAGGCCCUGCACCACCUCUGGAAGCAAAGCCAGAAGACAGGUUAUUACAUUUUUUAUCAUCUUAGUUUCUUUAACUUAUUUCCCUUUUGGCUAUUUUCUAUGAAACAUAAUAUUUACAUUUGAGUUUUGAGUACUAGCAUAUUAUAAGUUGUUUCUUCCUGGAGUUUAAAUGUUAUUUAUAUCUUAUUCACAAAUUGUUGGUAUGAAAUAGAUAAAAAGUUUGAUUUUUAUCCAAAAGCAAAAUAUAUCGAAACAUAUAGGAAAUGUGGUAGAUGCUACCUAUUUAAUUUAAUGCCUUUAAUGUUGGCUAAUUUCAAUGUUUUUGAUAUGGUACUAUUUUUUGUAUUAAUCAGCCCAGAAGAGAAAAUUCGACAUUUAGAAAAAAAAGUAAAUGAACUUAUAGAGGAAAGUUGCCUGGCCAACAGCAGGGGGGAACUACAGCUGGUAAGGAUCUCAGUUUGUUCAACAUUUGGCUCCUCCAUAUCCAUUUUUUUACCUCCUGAUAGGAUUUCCAUUUGAAAUUAUUGUCUAAAAACUUAUCAGGUCAAAAACGUUUUUCAGAAGUUAUUAACAUCUUCAUACUUUAAAUAAAAUCCAUGUUUCAAUUAUUUUCUCCUCAAAAUCAGAAUGUUGUCAUAUUUUCUAAAUUUCAUUUUGACAAUAGCUACCCACCAUAUUCAUUAAUCAUUUUGAUUGAUAUAUGCUGUAUUGAACAGUAGCUAAUGUAUUACUGAACUUUGAAAUCUAUAUUUAUCUCUAUUAUUAUUACAUAGUUGUUUUUUGUCAUCUACAAAGAUGGCUUUGGCUGUCUGUCAGUGACAAAUGAUAUUUAGAAAGAUUUCUUAACAAAAAAUAUUAAAUACUUUUUCCUUAAAAUAAAGAGUCCAUUGCUCAAUAGGACAAAUUGAGUUUGUUUUGUUUUUACUUUUGAAAAGUUCAAUAGAAUUAUUGCUCCAAAUGUGUCUCUAUUUGUAGGCUUUAGAUAAGGCCAAGGAAGCUGGUAGAAAGGAGAGAGUUCUGGUGAGACAGAGAGAGCAGUUGUCUAAAGGCGAUCAGAUCAACUUGGAUCUCACCUAUUCUGUAAUUACCUAAAUAGUUUUGUCCACUUGGCUGUGAUCUUUGAGUCACAUAAUCAACAGUUUUUUUUUUUUUUUGGUUAUUAAAAAUGAUCUUCAUUAGCUAAAUUAGUUUUUUUUAAAGAAAAUAACUUUUUGUACGUUGUUAUAUUUAAUGAAAGUUUUGAGACUGGGACUUCUCUUAAUCACAUGAACAACUUGUUUUGUCAUUUUAAAAAUUCAAUUAAUCAUUAUAUUAUUGAAAACCAUAAGCAUGAAUUAAUUUUUUGACUGAAUAUGUGUAUUCAGUUGAUACAAGAAAACUUCUACCCAAUAAAAAAAAAAGUAAUGCUUUGUUUGAUCAGGUACUUUUCAACUUGGCCAAUCAGUAUGUUGCCAAUGAGAUGUAUCAUGAGGCUAUCAACACAUAUCAAGUUAUUGUGAAAAACCGAAUGUUCAGCAAUGCCGGUAAGAAAAAGAAUUGUAGGCAAAUGAAAUAAAAUGUCAUUAAAAAUAUAAUGGGUCAAUGAAGUUUCUUUGUUAUUAUAAAUAACAAUAGAAACAUUUACAAACUAUACUUCUCUGAUUAAGCUUUAUUCAAAUUGAUAUGAUAAUCAAACUUUUCAAACUCAUGACCACUAUGGACACAUUUAAUAUCUCUGAUAUUUACCACCUACUACAGCUACAGUUUGAAAUAAUAAUUCCCAGUUAUCUCCGUCCCUGAUUGAAAGGAGAAGUGAUAAUAUUCAUGAGUUAAUUUAGAAUUGAAUUGUGUGAUUAGAUUAUCAGUUCAUUGACAAUGACAAUCUGAAAUUUCAGGUCGCCUUAAAGUAAACAUGGGAAAUAUCUACUUCAAGCAGAGAAACUUUCAGAAAGCUGUCAAAUUUUACAGAAUGGCACUAGACCAGGUGCCCAACACUCAUAAAGAGAUGAGGUUAGUGGAAACUCAGGAAGCCUUUAAACAGCUUCAGUAACCAAGAUGUCGUUUGAAAAAGUCUUGUCUAAUGCCACAUAAACCAAAAUGUCAUCAAGUGGUCCCAUCAUUUUCAGGCUGUCCCCUAAUAAGUAGAUCAGUUUGAGCUUAUUCUCAUAUUACUCAUUAAGAAUAUUUGGACCUUUUUGUUUGUUUCCUACAGAAGGAACUAACUUUUACUUGCCAUUUAAAAUAGAGAAAUUUAGAUUUUAUGAUCCUGAAGUUAAAUCUUGACUAUUGAUGAUUUUUUAUUAGAAAAUUAAUAUUAUUUAAUACAACCAUUCUAACAUGAUGGCUUAGGCUUGGUAUAUUUUAGGCUUGUCAUAUUUUAAGCUUGACAUAUUUGCAAGUAAAUUUAAUUUUUCUCACUAAGGACAAAGAUCAUGCAGAAUAUUGGAAUCACAUUUGUCAAGUUAGGACAGUACAACGACGCAAUCACCUCCUUCGAGCACAUCAUGUCUGAGUCACCAAAUUUCAAAACUGGAUUCAACCUGAUCCUCUGCUACUUUGCACUUGGUGACCGGGAGAAAAUGAGGGACGGGUUUGCCAAGCUGCUUACAGUGGACUUGAAAAUUGAUGACGAAGACAAGUAUCUCUCACAUGGUGUGAGUUCAGAGCAUAGGUCAUAUACACAUGUGGCUUCCUAUUUUCCAAAUAAUUAUUGUUAUGACGUUGUUGGUUUGAAUUCUAGUGCUGAAGUCCUUAUGUUCUUAUUAUGGAAUAAAUGGUGAUGUUCUUCCAAUGGGGAAUUUAUGAUGUUUUUUUAAUUCCAAUUAAAGCUUUUAGCUCUUACCUGAUUUACAAAUGCUUAACCUGUGUUAUGUGAUUAGUAUGAAUUUCUCCUUGGACUCUUUCUGUACCAGGUCAAUAUAAAGACUAUCAAAUCACCUGUGUUAGUUGAUUAGUAAGAAUUUAUCCUUGAACUAUUUCUUUACCAGGUCAAUGUAAAGACUAUCAAAUGAACUGAUGGAAUAAAAUUUUAAAUUAUCUUUGGAUGUGGUAUUAAUUAUACUGCAUUAAAAAAUGAUUUAUUCAUACAAGUCUUUACUCUUUUUCUCUGAUCUCAAAAGGCAAAGUUAUAUUAUUGAAAUUUUUACUUGAUUUAAGACUAGUUCAAUUAUAAUUUAUCAUAUGCUUGCAUUAAACAUUUGAAUGUAUACCUAACAGGAUGAUAAACAGUACAACCUGGUGUUGGAGGUUAUAAAAAAUGAUUCACUGAGACAGAUUGAGAGGGAAAGGUUAGAAGAAGCAUUUAAUUAUUUUCAUUGUUCCAUUAAUAGCUUAAAAUGAUGCAUUUACCACACUUCAAGCACCUACAAUUGAAAUAUUUUUAUUUUAAACAGUUUUUUGAUCUGUGAUCAAUUCAAGGAAGGAAUAUUUCAUUUUAUAAGUAAUUAGGACUGUAACUAUCCCAGGCAUAAAUACUAAAAUACUUGGGUAACAAUAGUAUCACUGGGCUGGUAACUGCUCUAUGCUGAAAGUAAUGGCCUUCCUGGAUUCAAAUCAAUCCAUUUAAAGAAUUAAUACUUAAACAUGCAUUGAAUUGAAAAGGAUAGUUGAAAUAAUAACUCUAGAACCACCUUCACAAAAAGAGUUUCAUUUAGAAUUAAUUUCAUUUAUUUAAAGUCAGCUUAGCAGAAAGUUAAUGUUGAAAUUGGUGAUACAAAAUGUAUUCAUUGGACUCAUUGGUGAUUUAAAUAUAUCAGUAUAAUUAUUCAUACUUAAGAACAAUGCAGAAACAGAGUUACCAUACAGUUAAUGUUGUAUUUCAUAUAUUGUGUGCAAUGGUUCUUGUUUAAGAUUCAGAGAAUUUACUAUAAUUAUUAAAUUUAAUAAUUAAUUGAUGUGUUCAACAGGAAAUAUGAAGCUGAGAGAUGUAUCAAGUAUGCUGCCAAGAUCAUCUCCCCAGCUAUAGAAUCAUCAUUCUCUGAUGGGUAUGACUGGUAGGUCAAAUUUUUUUGUCUUAAAACCUUGCUCUGAAUUUCAUGAAGCAAAUUAAAAAUAAAACAAAACAGCAUCGCUUAUAAGUUUAAUUUAAAAAAUCUUCAAGUAAAAGAAUUUAGUACCUUAGAAAUUAGUCUUAUUUCAUUGGCAUGACUUGCUUGGUCUGGGUUUGUUCAAACUACAGCUAAUAUGCACUGAAGUGUGCAGUAUUCCAUUUUACCAUUUCUAAUCCAACCCUUUUUAUUUCUGUCAUUGUGUGUAAUCAUGAUUCCAUGAUUAACUUUUAGGUGUAUUGAAAUGGUGAAGAACUCUCAAUAUAUUGAUCUGGCUCAUGAUUUGGAGAUUGAUAAAGCCAUCAUGUUUCUCAAGCAAAAAGACUUCGCUCAGGUGAUUUGAAAACUACUUAUUUAAAUUACAAUUUUUUUGUUAAAUAUUUUUUAGUAAGGUCUUUCAGAAAAAUAAAUGCAUGUUGAUCUGAAUAGGCACAAAUUUACACUCAACACAAAGUAUACACAUUUAAGGGUUCAAAUUUUAACAUUUAAAAUGAAGCUGAAUUCAUAAACAAAUUUUAUUUAUUUUUUUUAUAAAAAGAAUAACCAAAAUGAGAUCAAAGUAUAGCUCUUUGUGGAAUGGAAAACAAUCUCUUUGUGUUAAAAAGAAAUCAAUAAUUACAUCCCUGUUUCAACCUAUAAAAUAGACAGCAAAAGAGACAAUUUAAAAGUAUGCAGCGGGGAAAUAAAUUAAAACUCUCCAAUUCAAUCCUAAAAAUGACCUCUUCCAUAUUUUAUAUAUUUUAUAUAAAUUUUUUUUGUCCACAAGGCCAUUGAAACACUCAAAUCUUUUGAGAAGAAAGAUUCAAAAGUGGCCAGCACAGCAGCCACCAAUUUGUCUUUUCUCUACUUCCUGGUAAGUUUGUGUUUUUUGUCUGCUGAUUUAAUGGCCAAAAGAUCUUUGUAAGAAAGUCUUAUUACUUUAAUAUUUUUAGGCUGUAUAACUAACUCCCUUAUGAAUUUAUUUAGUUAGAAAAAAAUAGUGUAUCAUCAAUUUUGUAUUAGUUAAUUAAUAUUUUAAACAAGUCAAAGGUAACGCUGUUUAAAGUUUCAUAUUGUUCUUUCAAUUAAUUGUUUUGUAAAUUCCUGGCAUGCGUAGAUUUGAGAAAACAAUAUCUACUGUAAGAAGUUAAGGGAAAGUCAUUUGGGAAUAUUAAAAGAAAUAACAAAUGGGUAUAUUGGAAGAUAGUUCAAAGUAAAAGUUAGAAACUACACUAAAGGGAAGUUAGUUAAAUUUUAUCACAUUGAAAGUUGCAUGUAACUUGUGCAGUUGUUGUAAGUUAUAUGACAAAUUUAGGUACCUGGUAGUAUUUGAAUUAUGAAAAUAAAGAUGGAUUACUGGUAUCAAUAUGAUUUACAGGAGGCAGAUUAUGCCCAGGCAGACAAAUAUGCUGAAGUAGCCAUGGCAGCAGACAGAUACAAUCCCUCUGGUAAGUGAAAGUCAACAGAUUUACCAUACCUCUGGUAUGAAUUAAUUUUAUAAUAAAUACAAAUUUGUAUCCAUUCUACAAAAUUUUAAAGCAGGCUGAAGGGCGGUGUAUGAAACUAAAACUGCAAGUUUGCUGGUGGUGUUGAAAUGAAGACUGAAAAUGUCUGUUUGUGCUUAAUAAAUGUAUGUUCAUUUCAGCACUAGUCAAUAAAGGGAAUGUACUCUAUGCCAAACAAGACCAUGAGAAAGCAAGAGAGUUCUUCAAGGAAGCUUUGAGUAAUGACUCUUCAUGUAUUGAAGCUUUGUAUAAUUUAGGUACUAUUUCUUUUUUCUUUUUUUGUUUAGAUCUUAAAUCUUUCCUUGCGGAACAACACACACUGUGUUCUUCCGCCGUCCUCAAAAGCACAUACCAAAGCGCUAUGCGUUGUUUCAACAUCAUGUUAUUUGCUAUUUCUCGGUUAAACUUUUUAAGAGCUUUUUUUUAAAUAAGACUUAACAUAAAAGAGUGGUACUUCAUUGUUUAUAAGCGAAACCAAGGUUUAUUUGUUGUCAUUUGAAGCAUUAUUUUAACGAUUUUCCUCGCGUUUUUUUUUCUACUGUUGCUUUGGCUACUGUAGGCCCUAGAAGUAAGUUUCCGAGACGAUUAACAGUUAAAAAAGCUUUGGAUUUGUUUUAUACUAUUUAUUUUGAUAGUUAAGAUGAUUUAAAUUUAGAUGCUUCGCAUGAUUCCGAUAGUAGUAGUUUUAGAGGAAUUGAGUUAUAGAAGUGAAGAUGAGGUAUGCGUACAUUUUAGGGUUUGGGGAAAAAUGGUUUAGCAUUAAAUGUUUCCACAUUUUAUGGUUCUUUUCUGUAACUUAUUUUAUUUAAAGUGAAGAAAUAAGUGUACAAAAAUAUAGUCCUUUCAAUUAUCUUUCAAUUGAUACCAAGUUUAGUCUUAUAAACUUAAAGAAUAAUAUUUUAAAUAUUUUGUAAUAAACCCAACAUCUCACUCUAUUUCCGCUCUUCCAAAAAAAUGUACAUUUUUUCGAUACUCACUCAAUUCUUACUCACUGUCUUAUUUUAAUUUACACAGAAAUGAGUCCAGUAAAAUCUGAUUAAUGAUAACACCAUAGGUCUGCAAAAUGUGUCUACAGUAAAUAUAUGAUCAUUAACCAUACAAUUAAUAUAUUAAUUUUGCUUGAUUAGGUUUGUGUAACAAGAGACUGAGUCGCCUGGAGGAGGCCAUUGACUGUUUCUAUAAACUCCAUGCAAUACUCAGAAACAGCCCACAAGUCAUGUACCAGAUAGCGGACACGUAUCCUUCAAUAAAAAAAAAAUUGAUAUUUUAAUAUUGAGCUUUGUUGAAGAGCAGUCGUGGGAACCUAUUUUCCAUAUAUAGUCACAGAUUCUAGGAAAUGACUACUGUCCAUACUGUUUUAAAAAAUAACAUAAAUUAUGUAUAAAAUCAAUAAAUAUAAUGUUUCAUCAUGUCUUAACCAAAGUUUAUGUUGAAAUUCAACAUAAUUUUACUUAGCACGUUGUAAACAUUUUGGCUAAAUUUAAAAAAUUAAGUCUGAUAUCAAAUAUGUUUCUAACUUUGCCAAAAAAUUUGGGAUUUCAAUGUUUAAAGGUGCAUGACACACAAUGUACAAGCUGAACUGAAGUGAUGAUGCAUUCACAAUUUUUUUCUGAAGUUUUUUUUUCUUUUUUUAUCAAUCUGCCAUUUAAAUUCCCUUCAACUUCACAAAUGAAGUUUGUAUAUUAUUUAUUAUUUUUAAAAGUUGAUUUUCAACAAAUUUUAUGAGUUGAAUUUUUGGUUUUCAAAAAAAUGAGUGUAUACAUAUUUAUAUUUUUCAGAGGGUAAAAAAAAAUAUACAAACAAUAAUUAACAUGAUUAAAUUUGGUUUCUUAACUAAGCUAAGGUAUGAGCAACUUGAAGAUUCUGCACAGGCCACAGAAUGGUAGGUUUUUAAGAUAUCCAUUUUUAGUUUAAAGUUGAAUUUUAAAAAUAAAGUUUCACAAAGACAUUAGUUCUUUUUACAAUGCUUAAAUUUUUCAAUUUUUUUUAAAUUUAAAAGUUUUUUUUUUGUAACAAUUAUAAAAAAUUGUUGUAGAAUAUUUUUCAGAAAUAAAUAUUUUACCUUAUAAGUUAAUAUGCUUUAAAUAAAUGUGAAGUAAAACAUAAUCAUAAUAAAAUAUGGUAUCAUGUCCUAUCAAACAUUCAGAGAAAUGGGGAAUUCUCUGACUUUUCAGGUUUAUGCAGCUCAUUGGUGUAGUAAGCUCUGACCCAAGUGUCCUUGCUAGAAUGGGAGAACUCUAUGACAAUGAGGGAGAUAAAUCUCAAGCAUUCCAGUACUAUUUUGAUGUGAGUGAUAAUUCUUUUGAAUUUCUAUUCUAACUGAAGUAUUUAUUGUCAAAUAUAAUUUCUUAGUGUGUCAUGAUAAAUUUUAUGCAGAAUUCGGAUUAGCAGUUUUUCAAAAUGAGCUCUUGUGUUUACGAUCAAUACUUUUAAAAUGAAAAUAAAGCAUCCAUCAAUAAUUAAAUGCCUACUAAACUCUGUAACAUGCACACAUGACUUGCUAGUUAUAAUUUAACCUUUCAAGUUGUUGUUGGGCUUCUUUAAUUUAACUAUUCUAGGUGAAAGAAAAUUUCAUGGCAAAUUUGCAACAACAUCAUCAAAAGUGUUUUUUUCUGCAAUGUUAAUUAACGUAUAUAUUUUAUCACCACCUUUAAAAGUUUAGUAUGAAAAAUGUGACUGCUUCAAGAAAAUAGGAACGUCCAUGAGGAUUUUAAUUUUUAAAAAGAUGAGAUUUGAAACUCCCAGUUUCAAAUUCUUACAGUAAUGUUAAAAUAGCAGUUAGAGAACCAAUAAAUGGAAUCAUGCUUUUCAAAAUUCUACAGUCCUACAGACAUUUCCCAUCCAACAUUCCAGUCAUUGAAUGGCUUGGUGCCUACUAUAUUGACUCACAGUUUUGUGAGAAAGCGAUCCAUUACUUCGAAAGGGCUUCAAUUGUACAGUGAGUCAGUGUUAAUAUAAUUUAUACUGUCUAUUACUAUUAAUAAUAUUUUAAAAACUUCUCCUCAAAUCAAUAAAUACUUGCCUCUUUCAAAUUUUUGUAUUUAUUGACUGAAAUCAGUUCUAAAUUUUGACAUAGUUUGCAGGCAACCAAACAAUACUUUAAACAGACAUCAGUCCUAGAAAAAUAACUUUUUCAUCGGAAUGUUGCAUUAUUCUUAAAUGCAAAAUCAUGAUACCAUUAAUAUUGCAAAUUAUGCAUUUGUGUAAAAAAAGAAGAAACUGUGAAAAUUGAAAAAAAAAAAGUUACCAGAUUUACUCCCAAAUACUUUCUUUUAGUCAAUUUUAUAAAGGGACCAUCCAUAAACGACUUCAGACUAUUUUGCCAAUGACAUGCAACACCAAUUUCUAUUAAGGAUAGAUAUUAAGUAGUUCUUACUUUCUUUUAUUUUUGGAGUUUUGGAGAAUAAUUGUUUUGAUUGAGUUUUAUCCUGACACCCUGUUUCUAAUAAUGUUAUUUUAUAAUGAUCAUCUCCUCUAUUUAGACCCAACCAAGUCAAAUGGCAUCUAAUGAUUGCCAGUUGUUACAGAAGGAGUGGAAAUUAUCAAAAAGCCUUAGAAACAUACAAACAGAUCCACAGGAAAUUUUCGGACAAUGUUGAAUGUGGGUGAUGUUUUUGGUUACCUUUAAAGCUAAUGCGUGCAAAUCAUCAAUAUGUUCACCAACACAAACAAAUUAACUUGCUAUGAAAAAAUAAAUAGGAAAGGAUUACAUAGUGGAUGCUUCUUUUGGCAAUCCAUUUUGCACAUGACACACCCACCUUUCUCAACUCAAGUACAUUUGUAAUAUCUAUUUAAUAAGUUAUAAAAAUGUAAUUAUUCUUGCCUACAGGUCUCAAGUUUUUAGUUCGUUUGUGUACAGAUCUUGGUCUGAAUGAUGCUCAAGAGUAUGCCACAAAACUGAAGAAGGCUGAAAAGAAUAAAGAACUACGGGAACAGGUAGAGAUAAUGCUAGAAGAAAUUUUAAAUUUAAAAAAAAAAAGCAGCUUGUCUUAAUAAAUGAGACACUUCACUUUCUAACAUAACACUUGUCAGUAGUAAUUUUUAUGUCUGGGAAAGAAUUAUUUACCCUUGUUGUACAGCUAAGGAGAGUCAAUUGUGAUGGUUUCCUUGCGACUGGUUAAUACCUCUACCAUCAAAAGAAAGAAUGUCUGAAAUGUUGGAUUUUUUCCGACGCAGAUUAUAUCCCGAAGAAAUUUUAAAAGCAGCUGUCACUCGAGUUAAAGGUAUGACUAGACAGGCUUCUUUUAAAGCUACUCAUUCUGACACUAGCGAUAGGUCUAAAUUUAUCUUAACUUUUCAUCCCCACAACCUAAAAGCUCGCUCUCUGGUUCUUAAAAACCGCUCCAUUCUUAUGGCGGACCCUGUCACAAAUGCGAUUUUUAGAAAACCUCCUCUUUUCGCUUUCCGGCGGGACAAGAGCCUUAGGGACAUGCUAGUUAGAAGCCACCUCCCUGCUAUUAAAGCAUAUAAAGGCACAAAAUGUUGCAACCGUAGCCGUUGCAACUCAUGUCCCUAUGUGAUCGAAACUGAUACGAUCACUUUCCCUCUGGGAGUAUUCAGAAUAAAAGAUGGCUUUACCUGCACAAGUCGCAACGUGAUUUACACCAUCAUUUGCAAAAAGUGCGGUAAACUAUACAUAGGAGAGACAGGUCGUCGCCUUGGGGACCGUUUCAGAGAGCACCUCUAUAACAUAAAUAAACACGCUCUCUGUCCGGUCUCCAAACAUUUCAAUAGCCCUAACCAUAAUGGUAUCUCAGAUAUUGUAGUUACUGGUAUACUCUAUACUAGUAACACUGCAGAUAGAAUCUAUAUGGAGAACAAAUUAAUAACUAGAUUUGGUACGUUGUCUCCAUAUGGAUUGAACCAAAUCCAUAGUUUUACUUAGCUGCCAUGUCUUUUUCCUGUUUGGUUUUUCCAAUUAUGUUUGAAUCACUUCCUUUCUACAUCUCUUUACUUUGUUUUUGUCAGGUUUAAGCGCCCUCUCCUAUAUUUUUUCUGUUUUAGGUAGGAUAUAUAUAUUGACAUUAUGUAAAUUUAAUUUAUACUUAUUUAAAUGUGUUGUGUUUGUUUGUACUGAUGAAGGCAUGUGCCGAAACGUUUAAUUCUGUAUAAUGUACAAUUAUUAUUAAAGCUAACUCAUAUUGUUCUAUUGACACAAUUUGUUCGUGUCUUAUUAAUAUACCAUCAAGUGCACACUGUCGAAGAUUGAAUUCAAUAAUUUAUCACCCCUUAGGAUCUGGUUAGCUAAUCUGACAAGUUAGAGUAUGUUAUUUAGCUAUUUAGCAAUUAUCAUAUUUCAAGCUCAUUUCAGUGUUUAAACAAAGAAUAAGUUUCUAAAAAGUGUGUUUAUAUUUCUUUCAGAGAGCAACAAGUGCUGGUAGAAGAGGAAGUGGCAGAGCCAGAAGAGAGAGUAGUGCUGGAAGUGGUGAGUGCUUACAUUAGUCUUAGAUUGAAAACAUAGUUAAAGACAUGAUAUGACAUUUUGUAAGAAUGAAAAUACUGGUAGGCAAAUGUCAACUGAUACAAAUUUACUAUUUAUAAGAAUACAAAUUCUGAAAUCGUAUCUUUGUGCAUGUAGAUAAUAUCAACAAAAACAAAGGGGUGGGGAUAUUACUAUUAGCAUUUUUUCGCUCAUCUUAUCUCCAUGCAGACCUAGAUCGUGAGGGAAGUGCAGGUGCACAAGGGAAAGUCUCUAAGAAACAAAGAGUACGCACCAAGCUAGAUGACGUUGACAGAGGUCCAUACCAACUUAGUCAGCCCCAGGAGAUCGGUAAGAUGACAAAUUAGCAGGUGUAUUUUUUUAACAAGGUUUGCAGAUAAGUAGAAUUUUAAAUGUUAAAAAUUAACUUGUAGAAAAUGAAUUUGGCAUUAGGUCAGUUACCAUAAUUACAACAAAGCAUUGGAUUUUAUUCUUUUUGUUUAAAAAAAUGGCAAUUGACUUGGACAUGUGAAACCAAAUGUUCCUUGUCAUGGAACAUAAAUUAUAGUAAUAGGAAGUUUUGUGUUCCGAGUCUUAUAUACCUUGUCAAAUAUUAUGUUAUCACGUCUAUCUUAAAACUUAAACAUGCCAAUUCAUAAAAAGUUUUCUACAUACAAAGUAAAUUAUUGAUUUUAAGUUUUAAAGAUCUGUCACGUAUCAUAUAUUAUUUUCUCAGAUGCUUCCUACUCUGAUCCAUUGGGCCCCCAGGCAGAGCGACCAAAGACUGCAGCUCGCAGGAAAGGCCCCCAUGAUGAUGAAUUUGGUGAUGAAGAGUUAGGAGAAGACUUGUUGCCGGAAUAGAAUAAUAGUUUAAUUAUUAUUAUUUCUCCCCACCCCCCCCCAAACUCCACAGAGAAUAUGGUAGAGCAAAUUUUGAGUUAUUAACUUUAACACAAAAACAAAGCAAGUUAAGACUUAUUCUUAUUGUACCAUUUUUUAAAGGAAAUUAAUUAGUUUCAAAAAUUUAUAUUUAUAAACACAUUACAUUGUUGCACAUGUUUAUUUAUUUUUUAAUCUUGGAAUUAACUGAUUGACUACCAGAUUGAAAAACCAGCUGUGGCCGAAUUAAAUCUAGGUCACAUUUAAUACGAUACAAACAUUGGCGCCAUCAGUGGCCAUAACAGAAGAAACACUGGCUCAUGGUAGUUUACCAGUUCAACAGAUUAUUUUGAGCCUGAGCUAGGUUUCGAAAUUAAAUGUAUAGUUUUUAUAGGCCUAGGUUUUGAUAUAUUUAAUACCUGUUUAUUGGGUAUUUCCACAAUUUAAAAAAUUGUUUACUAAUUCUGUAAGUGUAAGCAUUCAGGCAAUCCAAAAUGUUUGUGGUAAAUUAGCCUAAGUAGUGUAGUAGCAUACACUGAUACAAAAACUGGUUGGGUACAAUGAACAUGUUGCACAUAUUUCUUAACUGAUUUAUAAAUAUAGUCUAUUAGUCAAGAAAUCUAAUAAAUCUUAUCACUGAGAAAAGUGCAUUUAUCUUUGACAACUCCACAUCUUACAGAAAUUUUUAAAUCAUUUUUUAGCACAAGUAUAUUCCACACCUUCUAAAUUACUUGUGCUACCACCAUAAAACUUCUGUCUAAAAGGCAUAAAUUGAAAGAAGGAAAUGUAAAAAUAAGGGAAUCUUAAUUAUAAUAUGGAAAUUUAAAUAUUGGUCCAGGUUUUCUGCAAAAUGCAUCUUAAUUUUUAAUUUAAUCCUAUAUUAUUAUUACUGUAACUAACUGCAUAGAUUCUACAUGCUUAAUAGUUUUAACUUUAAGUUUAAGGCAAAGCUUUUCUUGACUUCUAACAAAUUGAAUUAAGCUGCUUUUACUACAUAAGCUGUUACUUAGCAGAAUAUACAGGAUUUUCCUCAACAGAAUGGCAGGCAUGUGUCAAUGUGUGUAAAUAAUUAGGUUGCCAUUGACCACUGAAUGGUAACUACUCAAGAAUACCAGCAAGAAAACAGUUUUUAAUACAAUCUUAUUAAUAUUAUCACUCCGUCCUUGAUAUUGUGAUAUUUUGUGCUUUUUGAAAUAAAAUCAACUUAUUAUCGUAUAUAUGUUGUUAAGACUUAAAAUUCAC